UUCUGAAGAAAGAGUUAGGUGUUGGGGAUGUUUGAAUCAUCGACGAAUUAAAUAAUAAGCGGCGUGUCAGGCUAGAAUGAACUAUUAAAAUACUCGGCGGGCCACGGCAAGCAUCCAACAGUCAUGGACCAAAAUCGAAUGUUGUCUAGCUAAGAGUGCGCGCGCACGCCGCCGCCCCCACCGCACCGCUGCGAAUAUUCAUUGAUGAUCUUACUAAUAUGUAUUUAUUAAUUUUUUUAUGCAAAGUCUUUCAAAGGGUAUUUUUUUAUUUCAAUUCUAAAAGACAAUCAAACCUAGACGCGAAUAAUCUUGGAUGAACAUAUGAAGUAUAUGAAGGUGUUAGUCGUGAGAUAGACGGAGGCUGUGCCGUCGCGGUCGCUAGGCUUGGGCGUCGCUGCGUCUCGGCGUCGCGCCGCGAGCGUUGCGCGCCGCGCCGUGCGCACUCGGCUCGGCUCCAGUCGCCACGCACGCUAGCCUCGCGCUCGGGCGCCCGCGACCCAAGUCCGCUCUGACGUUUAAUCGAGCCGCCGGUGUUCCUUAUCGGACCGUGUCCGAUUCACCACCGCAACAUACAUUCUAUCAUAUUUGUAUUGUAUCGGAGGAAUUGGGUGUGGGUGCCAACAGUGCGUAGUGGUCACAGUUAGGUCUAGGCCGGGGUGUCUUGAAGCGGGCGGCAGCACGGGCAGUAGGCGGCGCGCGGCCGCGGGCAAGGCGCCACUGGGCCCGCCCGAGCCAGCAGCUGGCUCUGUUUACAAGCCGCGCCUGCACUCCAGGGCCCCGUGCGCCCGCUCGCUGCAGCACGCAACUCAUUUUCUAUUCGACGCUGUGAAUUUUUAAGUUUGCGAACCACCACCGACGUUAGAUAGAGGUAUUUGAAUGCUUAUUAAAGUCGACUCUCGCCCGAGAGAAGUCGUAGUGCAAUAUUAGUGUCACGAAUCGCUCAGAGCACAAGCAUUGAAUCCAAAUUGUCAUUCGAGUGAUAUCACUACUUCAUAAAUAUGGGUGCUAAAGAAAGCGUGGAGGCUGCUAAAUUUUCUGCGCAAAAUUGGAACAAUUUUGAGCAUGGCGCCAGUGUGAGACAUCAGCACCGGCACGGCACUCAGCGGUCGCAGAGUCUCAACCGCGGCCACUCGCUCUCGCGCUCCGAUGGCACCUGGUGACAUCACGGAACCGCGGGCAGCAUAGUGCAGUGCGCCGAGUGCGGAACACGUACGAUGGGCAACAAGCUAUCGGCGUGCUCCUGCGCACCCAUCCUGCGCAAGGCGUACCGCUAUGAAGACAGCCCGUGGCAGAACUCGCGCCGCCGCGACGGACACCUACUACGACUAUGGGCGGAAGUGUUCCACGUGUCGGCGUCCGGCGCGGGUACGGUCAAGUGGCAGCAGGUGUCGGAGGACCUGGUGCCGGUGAACAUCACGUGCGUGCAGGACUCGCCGGAGUGCGUGUUCCACAUCACCGCUUACAACUCGCAGGUCGACAAGAUCCUCGACGUGCGGCUAUUGCAACCUGGUACUCGUAUUGGGCAAGCAUCAGAAUGCUUUGUGUACUGGAAGGACCCCAUGACCAACGACACGUGGGGCCUGAACUUCACCUCGCCCAUCGACGCCAAGCAAUUCAAGGAGUGUUGUUCACCAUCCUUUAAAUUCUCGCGUAAGGCAUCUUCGAGCUACAGCCUAAAGCUAGAACCGCCGGGCAGCAAGCAGAAGAUGAAAGCCAAGAGGAAACCGCUCUCCACGCCGGCCAGUCCUAAUCGAUCCAGUUUGAACUACCGCGAGCCGCAGUGCACAUGCAUGUCGCAGGAGCAGUAUGCUCGGCUCAGGGCCCAAGAUCCACGAUACCGUUCCUCGACAUUGCCACGCACAUCAGCGCGUGCCAUGGAAGCGGAGGCGAGUGCGGCCGCCGCACGCACCGACAAGGUGGCUGCGGCAACGUCGUCCACCUCGCUGUACGACAACGUCACCGGCUCGCAACCAGCUCAUCAACCGCCACCAAAACCUGCAGCUCGCCAGACUGACUUGCAGCCGCCGACGCGCCCCCCCAAGUCUCAAGAAACAUCCACUAUGACCACCAACACUUCGACAGCGCCUAAAACCGUUACCGCUUCCGUCGGAACACAUGGCACAAAUACCAACGAAGAUUCCCAAGCGUCGGGCGGGGCCUCAGCGCAGCACGGCCAGGACCUCAAGUCCGAAGGCGUGCAAGCUGGCGGGACGCUCACAACAUCCAAGUCCUCGUCUACAUCUACCAGGCCUGGCAAGGAACAUCUGCAGCACGCCAAGAGCAUCGACUAUGGAGAUGGAAACGAAUCGUCGCGGGAAUCGGACCGGCACUCGAUGCACCAUCACAACGUCAUCAACAACAACACCUCGGGCUCGCGUCGCACAAAGUCAAAGAGCACAGAAGAUAUGAAUAUGGAUUCAAGCACACUAAAACGCAUGCUCAAGCCGAUGCCCUCAACGGAAAGUCCGGUGACAUCGCCAGAAAUGGGCCGACGGCGCUACGGCGGCGCGGGCCCGUGCCCGCCCGCAUGCGGCGCUCACCCGCACCGCCACGGCCCGCAUCUGCACCACGCGCAUCACACGCACGCCGCCAACAACAACAGCCGACAGACCUCCCAGCGGUACUCCUCUGAUAGCCGCGGCGUGGGAGUCGGCGCCGCACCGAGCGGGUACCCCGGCCGCGGCCUGUACCUGGAGCUGGGCGGUGGAGGAGAGCGGGACAUGUCGCCGCCGUCGGACAACGUCAUGUUCGACAACCAGUGCUACGCAACCACGCCCUCGUCGUCGAACGGCAACUCCGACCAGGAGCCGUGCCAGCGGCGGGAUGGAAGGCAACACAAUCAUCCGCAAAAGCCUUGCUUAUCCCGGCAAGCAUCGCAAUCCAGCGCCACGCCCGCACCCGGCUCGCCCACCUCGCGUCUGCUUCUCGAGUAUGAGAUGCAUCUCCGCAACACCUUGGCUAAAGGCAUGGACGCUGAGAGCUACAGCCUUCACACCUUCGAGGCGUUGCUGAGCCAGAGCAUGGAGGAUCUAGGUGAGUGUUUCCACGAAUACAACGACAAUAUGCCGCCUUCGAAUCCGCGAAGCCCCUAUCCACCGCGACGUCGACCGAACCAAGAAUCCGUUCUACACUAUUUGAGAAACCUUACGGAGGCAGCCAUAAGGGCUAGAGGAGGCCCGGCGACGCAGUGUGCCGGCGGCGGUAGCCGGUCCUCCACGCUACCGCUGCCGCACCGGCUGGGCGUUGAGAGACAACACAGCGCGCGAUCUGACCGCGACGGAUAUUACAGCGAUCGCAACGAGCUUAUGCGGGAGCGUGAGCGAGAGCGUGAACGGGGCUACUUAAGUGAUCACAGUUCAAGAGACCGCAUUAGGGACCGAGAUCAAGGGUACCUGAGCGACCAUCAAUCAAGUUUUGUAAGCGCCUCCCGCUGCGCGUCCUGCAUCGGCGAAUCUGCGAGGGCGGCGUGGUACCGGCACUCGGACGGCUGGCGGGGCGCGCCAGCGCCCGGCCCGCGCCGUUCCCCCUGGGACUCCCUGCCCAGCUUACGGCAUGAGGGAAGCCUUAACGACUCUGGUUAUAGGAGUAACAGAGCUGAUAGCUUUGAACAGAGGGGCGUUUUUGAUCGGCAAGACAGCGUUCGAUCGGAGUAUACCAGCGAUCGAGAAUCAUCGCGCUACGGGAUAGUUCAGCAAGCCUCAAUUGACAGCACUGACUCCAGGAUAUGUUAUCUGACAUCUAGCGAGAUAUCGGACGACGAUCGUAUGUCACUGACGACGGCGGUGUCUGAUGAAGAGGACCCCGGCGAGAGCGCAAUGAACUCACCGUACAAGGGCAAACAGACUGGCGCUGCGGCGGCCUCUUUUAACUGCACCGGUGCUGUCAGAAAAGCUGGUUUCCUGAGUGUGAAGAAGUGGCUGCUACGCAAGAAACAUCAAAUCGAAUUAGCUCGAAAACGAGGUUGGAAGGGCUAUUGGGUAUGCCUAAAAGGCACCACGCUCCUGUUCUACCCGUGCGACUCGCGGGAGGGCCGCUCCGUCGAGGCGGCGCCCAAACACCUGAUCAUUGUUGACGGAGCCAUUAUGCAGCCCAUUCCUGAACAUCCGAAGCGUGAUUAUAUAUUCUGCCUGAGCACCGCGUUCGGCGAUGCGUAUUUAUUCCAAGCACCUUGCCAAGUGGAAUUGGAAAAUUGGGUGAACAGCAUACACAGUGCAUGUGCAGCAGCCUUCGCUAGGCAUCGCGGCAAGACCGGCACCCUCCAUCUGCUUCAAGAAGAAAUUUAUCGUCUCGAGAAAGCCAUCGAAUCGGACCACAAACUGAAACACAUGGCAGACCUGCAACAGUCCGUGGUGUCGGACCCUGAGACGCGGGCGCAGCUGGCGGUGCAGAUGUUGCAGUGGGAAGAAAACCUGGAAAGGCUGCAUUGCGAACAGUUCCGGCUGAGGUGCUACAUGGCCAGCUUACAGAGCGGCGAACUACCUAACCCUAAGUCUCUGCUCACACACGUGUCCCGCGGCACAAAGGGCACGCUGAACAAGCUGGGCGUGUUUACGGUGUCCUCGUUCCACGCGUUCAUCUGCGCGCGGUCACCGUCGCUGCUGAACAACCUGCUGGCCGGCCGCGGCGCCACCAAGCGCAGGGCGCCAAAUCUCUCGCGCUCUAACUCGGGGUCCAGCCGACGGUCUAUGCAGAUGUCACGCGACGAAGGCGAGGCUGCGGUCAGGGUGUCCUUACCAGAGGGCACGACCGCAACAGUGGGAGUCCGCGAGGGCAUGACGGUGGAGGAGUUUCUGGCGGCCGCCUGCGCCCGACGCUCGCUCAACGCCCUCGAACACUUCGUCAGAGUGAAGAAACGUCGUGACAUGGAGGAUCACAAUUACUUCGUGCCGCAUCGUAGCGACCUCAUUGAGACUUACUUACACACACACGAGGUAGUGGAGGUGUGCGCCAAGAUCCUGUACCAAGUGGAGCUGCAGAGGAACACGCUAGAGCAAAUGUGGGGCUUCAGCGUGGAGGCCGAGCUGAUUGAGAACGCCGAACGACAGGACGAGCUCUGCUGCUACGUAAGCCGUGUCGAGGACAAGAGUGUCGCCAUGCAAAACGGUAUAAUCAAAGGCGACGAGAUAAUGGUGAUCAACGGAGCGAUCGUGUCUGACCUAGAUAUGAUGUACUUGGAGAGCGUAUUGCAAGAGGAACUCUCGCUCGUCAUGAUGAUGAGAUCUUCGCGCACGGAACCGCCCGAGCUCGCGGGUAUGAUGCGAGCGGCCACCGACGACAUAAUCGACUCGCUCGUGUGCCCGCCGCCGCCCAGCGACCCGCCUGUCAUCUCCGACGACAUGAUCUCUGGUCUGAUCGUCCCGGCGCCGGCUUGGAGCAAGGAGUUGUACAGCCCCGACGCGGACGGGCACGGGGACGUGUCCGGCCCGCCCAAAGUCAGCUCUCGAACCAACUCCUUCGAGAUCGAAAACCUGCUCAAGAAGUGUCCGCGUGGUCGUCAGAGCGCGGAGCAAGUGACGGGCUGGUGCCGGUCGCCGGCGGAAACGCGCCGCGGUAGCCCCACGGGCAGCGUGGCCAGCGCCGCCGCCGGGACGCCCUCACGACACCUCUCUGACGCCGACAAGCUGAGGAAAGUGCUGUCAGAACUCGUCGACACCGAACGCGCUUAUGUCAAGAACCUUAACAAUUUAUUAGAGAAUUACUUGGAGCCUCUGAAAAGGGAGACUUUUUUAUCGAACGCCGAGAUCAACGCGCUGUUCGGAAACAUUCAGGAGAUUGUAACGUUCCAACGGCAAUUUCUGCAAAACUUAGAGGAAGCGCUUGAAUCGGAGCCCAACUUCCAUCACUUUGAAUUUUCAAACCAAUUUAAGAAUAUUCUUUUCGCGGUGGGAAAUGCCUUCCUCUACUAUGUAAAUCAUUUUAAAUUAUAUAGCUCGUUCUGCGCUAGUCACAGUAAAGCACAAAAAGUUUUACAUCCAAAUGAAGGCAAUCAGGCAUUGCAAGAAUUCUUGGCUGCCAGAAAUCCAAAACAACAACAUUCGUCAACUUUGGAGUCGUACUUAAUUAAACCAAUUCAGCGGAUACUUAAGUACCCAUUACUGCUCCAGCAAUUGAGAAAUUUGACUGAUGCAAAUUCUGAAGAACAUCUACAUUUAGUAGAGGCAUUGAAAGGCAUGGAGAAAGUUGCUGAACACAUCAAUGAGAUGCAACGAAUACAUGAAGAAUAUGGUGCUAUAUUUGAUCACUUGUUUAGACAACACCAAAAGUCUUGCAAGCAACCAAUAGAUCUAAGUCCUGGUGAUUUGUUAUACUACGGGGGUGUAGAAUGGUUAAAUAUUUCAGACUUUUUAGGUAAAAUAAAGAAAGGAUUGGAACUGCACGCUAUGUGCUUUGUAUUUAAAUCAGCCGUUGUCUUCCUCUGUAAAGAAAGACUGAGACAAAAGAAAAAGUUAAUGGGAGUAUCUUCAAAGAAUAAUUCAAACGAGGUAGAAAUAAUUCGAUACCAAGUGUUGAUUCCCGUGACAGAGGUCCAAGUUCGGGCGUCGUCUGCGAAAGAUAUGGACAGUCACUUCCUUUGGGAGCUCAUCCAUCUCCGCAGUCAGCUGCAGCGGCGCUCGGAGAAGGUUUACGUGCUGUCAAACAGUACCGCAGAUUUCCGGAACGCGUUCCUAAAGACGAUUCGACAGAUCAUUCGUGAGUCGGUGCGCAACAUGGCGCUGCCCACAAACCGGCCAGCUCCCAUGCCUCCGCGAGCACCUCAUACGCUCGAGCGAGACCGCCCUAAACACCAGGUGCAAGUCAUGCAGGGAUCUCAAACACUCGGGAAAACGAAAAAACCUAAAACCUCGGGACAGCGGUUAUCAGCCGGCAAUAUUGAGGUCGGCGACCUUUCGCGCGAAAACUCCCAAGAUGCCGAAGAGCCGCCUCAAGGGGUUGCAGACGAGCCUGCGUUCCGGCACCGGAGCAAAACGCUCGGGGACUCCGUCGGUGAGUCCCGGAAAUAUACCCAAGCCAGUGUAAAGCGUGCACCGCCGCCGCCGCCGCCCGACACCGACAAGUCCGACCCCGGCUCCAAGUCGGAGGGAGAGGACGAGCACCCGCAACCUCCUCCCAAGCGAGGGUUAGGCAGAACUCCCAACCAUCUGACAUUAAGCACGACGUCGACGCUGAGUGCCGGCAGUACCGGCAGCCAGGCCAAGUUGAUCCAGUCGUCACACCAGCCCACGCAGUACCAACCUACUAUGGUCAAAGAACUUGGAUCGCCCGUGUGGAAACCGCGCGACAUGUUGAGCGAGGCGAGCACGGGGGCCGGCGGGGCGGGAGCGGCGGGCGGCGCGCCCUCCGCGCCCACCACGCUGCCCCGCUCGCAGCGCCCCGCGCCGCGCGCGCACCACCUCUCCGCGAGCCGCAAGUCGCUCGCGCCGGACCACCGACACUAGACUCCCGCGACCACGACGUUCUGUCCCUCUCCCUUAUGUAUUAAUUCCGACCGACUCCGACUGAGGAAUCUUCGAUUGGCUCGAAGUUCCUUCAGGUCAGUCGCUCGUAGAUAUCCAACUUUCGUCACCCCACUGGUCCCGUCAGUGGGUUAAAAUAUGUGAAUAAUUCUCACUGCCUACAGCGGGGCUAAUGUUAGCUAAUGAUGAAGUUAAAUCCAUUUUAUACUGUUAAAAUUUAAUAGAACAGAAAAUAUUUUAUGCUUAUCAACAAUCCCAAUGCGAUCUAUUUUGUUUCGCGAUUUUCUUGUGUUAAAUAUUUAAACCUAAUUCGGUACAACCUAUUUUUUUCUUCCCUCUGUACAUUAUCUAAGUCUCGCCGUUCUAUAUUUUUAUCGUAACUGACUUGUGAUCAAAGAUACAUUGAUUGAGUGAUGCGUAAAAUCGAAGACAGUUUCGUGCUUUGAAUUUAAUAGGUAACGAUAUGGCGCUGUACAGGUCCAUACAUUUUGCGGUAACUCUGAUUCUCAAAAGUUGACGUUUGUCAAUUCAGUGACCGCAAAACAUAUGGCGCAGUGCAGCGCCAUCGGUUUUGGAUGUCUAACUAAGGGGCAUGUUUUUUUUCUUAGACUGUACCUCUCUAUUACAAUCAGUUGUCUUUGCUCGUCAUAUAUCAAUCGCGUUGUUAAUUUAUUAAGAAGCCAAUAGGGAUUUAAAAGAAAAUAUUAAUUCAGAGAACCUUCCGCACUUGUCUGUUCACCUAUGAACUUUCAUUCGAUUUACACACCAUGUGAAGUAGGUAAUUAAUCAAGUUAUUGUUUACGUUCGUUAAAAUAUUAUUUGAAAUUGGUUAAAAUUCUAUUGUUAUUUAAAAUUCAUAGUUUUGUUACCUAACGAAUAUUGAUUUCUCCUGAAAACGAAGCUCGAACCGUGUUGUGUUUCUACACUUAAUUCCAGUACCAAAAGACUGGAAACUGCGAGUACGCAAUUAUGAAUAUAAUUUAUCUAUGAAUACCUAAUUAUAAGUUACUUUUUUACUUUAAAAUAAAAAAAAACUCAUCUGUGCCACAAUACAAAAUCGUACCUUAAUAUUUCCUAGUAAAUGCACUUCCUAUCGUACUUAGAACUUACCUACAACUGUCACAUCUAAAUAAAAAUACGUAGGUACCGCUAAACUGAUAGUUUAAUUUCGACCUAACAUAGCUAUAUGCUAUUUUGAUCGCGCUGCUGUUUUGCUUUCUGACUGAUAAUUUUACUAUUAGUCAUUUCGUACGAUUUCAAAGUCACCUGGCAAACAGUAGUGCUUUUAAACAGGUCUUGUAUAAAAUAAAUGACAAUAUCAAUAGAAUUUCAGGCAAAAACUGAAGUGACAUUCCAGUUUUUGUUCCACUAAUAGUAUAAAAUAAAUCUUGUAUGUAUUAUAUUUUAAACCAUUAAACUGAAAAGAUAUCCAAUAAAGACUCUAGCGACAUUAUAUUUACCUAGUAUUUUAAAAGUGACUCAUUUUGUUACUUUAUUGUGUAUAUUAGGAGUUAAAGAUAGUAUUCGGGUGCAUCUUCCUAAACGGACUUCUGUGCCAAAUUAGGUACUCACUCUACCUAUGCUUUAUAAUACUCACAGACAAGAUAACAUAAAUAAAUACUUGUAUGGUAAGAGUAGUUAGCUGUAAUGUACUUGCGUUUCAUUUGGUCGCAUUUGCAAUGCAAAACUCACUACCCUAUAGUUCAAAAUGCACACACCUUAAUGGCAAAGUACACUAGGUAGUUUUGAUAAUAAUUUCUCUUCGUGAUCAAAUUCGAAAGUUCUAUCAUAGGCUAGGCGAAUGUAACAUCUUUACUAUACACAAUCGUGUUGUUUUGUUUGGCAAUAAAACAAAAUUUUACCAAAGUUUCUAUAGUAUGCUUAUUGUAAAUGUUAAUUGACAACAUGGGUUGGUUGAACUGAACAGAUAGACGUUUACUCCGUUUCGUCAGCCGCUGACAUACCUUGUAAACUACUUGCAGCGGCAUUCAAAUUUUACAAAUUGAUCUCAAUUGAUUUCGUUUUGAUAUAAGCCAUACAUCGUUAUCGCGGGAGCAACAACGAUAAGACAGUAGUGAAAGAUUAUGACAUUUAUGACAAAUAAAUAAUAACAGAAGUGGCAUCCUAUCGAGUAAUGUUUAUAUGUACCUAUGGGUUCAAAAUGUAGCAGAAACGAAUUUAGAUAAAAUUUUGGUCAUCUAUUACUAAAAUCACAUAGUUAUAAAUACUUUAAGAAAUAAAUACUGAAAUAUUAAAUACAUUGGUGGCUUAUUUUUCAAGUUGACACGUUGAUUUAUAGGUAGGCUUUUACAUAGUUAAAUACGAGUUUAAUUGACCUUUUCCAGCGAAAACUUCAUUCUUGAUAUGAAGAACAUCUUGAGGUUUAAAUGAAAAAACAGACGUUCUGUUACAUGUGUUCUUUGACAGGCUUGUUUUUGCUCCCGAAAUAACGAUGUGUGGAUCACUGUCAGUUAGUGCGAGCGAGAUGCUCUACAAGUAAUGUCAAAAACAGAUCAAAUUGUGAAGUUUGAAUCCCGCUCUUGAGUUGCGCGAGCCGCAUGGGCGCCGGGUUUUGAUACUUUGUUAGUGGCUAGCAGCUAAGAUAAACUAAAACAUUCUUAAAAUAACAAUCAUCUUUAAGUAUUUCAAAAUAGUCAUGCCAUAAUACAUUCCAAUAAACAGCGAUCGUGAAUACUUAUGGAAUAAUAUUUACUUGUAGUACAAUAAUGUAACCUACUUUCUACAAUUUUGUGUAUUCAUUAUUUAAAUGCGAGGUAGAAGAACACAAAAUUGCUUGAGCUAAUGCCACUAACAGAUGGGACAUCAUCGUCACUUAGGACAUAUCACCAGCGGAGUACUCGUCUGAGAUAUACUUUCGUAGUUUUUCUUGCUCUAGUUCACGACACCAAUGUUGAACAUAUUUUACAGUUACCUCACACUAAAUAAUAUUGUAUAUUUAUUAAUAAUUACUAUGUAGAUUGUGCAUUUAUUUAUGAAUUAUGACCACAAAAUAUAAUGAGUAUAUAUUUUGACUUUGCGUGCCGUUUAAAUGAUUGUUUUGUGAUUUAUUAAAAUAAAACCUGUUUAUUAAUAUACAUAUGUUAAAAUAUUCGAAUUUAAUAAUUACGAACUUAUACAAUCAAUUUAUAGAUAUUAUUAUACUAAGAAAAUAUAAUUAAUAAAAUGAAUAAACAUGAAUGAAAAUGAAGAAAGCUCAUUAAUUGCGAAUGUAUUUCAUACUUCAAUGACAUUUGAAAGUAACGUAGGGAAAAUGAGGAAUAUUUAGAAAGACUUAUUGAAGUAAAUACGAAGAUAAUGUUAUAAUAAGUAUUGAACUUUUAUAAUUUUGCGUCGUAUAAGUAGUUUAAAUGACAUAGUUUCAUUUGUGCAUCGUGGAUAGUGAAUCGUUUACUCGCAUGUGUAUUUGUAUUUGAAUCAGAAUAAUUUUCUACCCGUUUGUAAUAAUUGUGUGAAUUGACAAACUACUCCACUGAUAGUGCACAUUAGCUAUUUGAAACCAAAUUUAACUGAGAUAUGGAAAUAUAACUAAUAAUCUUGUGUGUAUUGAGUUACGAUCAUUUUAGUUGCUAGACUCUUACUUGGACCUCUUGCAUUUAGACGCCGACAGCGCUCGGUGUUUAUUGAUACUUUGCUCAAUAAUGUUCAUUUCACUCGAAAGCCUAAAAUUAAAAGUGCCUUCACAUAUUUUGGGAAAGCAAAGUGCACACCCUUCCUGAAAUGUGAACACUGCACUAGUGGCAGCAGUUUGUCAACGCCCGCCUCCCGUCUUUCUUUAUAUUUAUAAUUGAUGUAUCUAUAUUUGACUCGUUUCAAUGUUCGUUUUGUUUGUGACGAAUAUGGAAAUUACUUUUUAUUGCUUAUGAAUAAAUAUGAAACACAA